UAAUAACUGCACAUUAUUGACAAAAGGUUAUGGCUGUUUUAUUUUGGAACCUUCACUUGCAAUAUUCAGAUUUUGUUGUUACUAUUAUUGUUAUUUGUAGUUUCCAUCGAAUGACCAUGGCUGAGUACAAGGUGGAAGUGGCAACAGGUGACAUGAAAGAAGCAGGAACGUGGGACAAAGUGUACGUCACCUUGUUCGGCACUGCAGGGCAGAGCGAGCGAACCGAGUUGGACAACUGUGGUCUGGACUUCAAUAGAGGGACAACAGGGACCUAUACCAUUAAAACCAGUUUGUCACUGGGGAAACUUCUGCUGGUCAAGGUGGAGAAGGAUCCCUUCCUGGUUCGCAAAGAUGACGAGUGGUACUGCUCCAAAAUAGUGGUGACGACUCCGGAGGGAGAAGUCCUUCUUUUCCCCUGUUACAGGUGGAUCUCCAGGGGCGAGCUUGUGGAGCUGAGAGGAGGGAGAGCCCUGAAGGUUUUUGAGGAUGACCAUCCCCUGUUGGUUGACCACCGAAGAAAUGAGCUGAUGCAGAGAAAGAGCUUCUACCAGUGGAAGAUUCUGGCUGAAGGUCUACCCCACAUCAACCAUUUCAACGAUGCGUCUGAGCUGCCAGCUGAAGUCCGUAUCUCAAAGAAAAGAAAGUCUGAAGUGCUUAACACAGAAAAGAUGACCGGUCUUGAACUCAAGAUCAAGGGGCUGCUUGGAUCUGCAGAGAAAUGGGAGAGCAUCGAUGACAUGAAAAAAAUCUUCUGGUUCAAAUCGACAACAAUGUCAGAGUAUGUUGCAGAACACUGGAAGGAAGAUGACUUUUAUGGAUUCCAGUUUCUAAACGGAGUCAACCCAAACGUGAUCAAGCGCUGCUCAGAGCUUCCCCGAAACUUCCCAGUCACAGAGGAGAUGGUGAAGCCCUUUCUAGAAGAGGGGAGCUCUCUGCAGAAAGAAAUGGCGAAGGGAAAUAUCUUCCUCUAUGACCAGAAGAAGAUGGACGGAAUACCAGUCAGGCCUUAUGAUGGUGAAACUCUGCGUGCGUCUGCUGGACUCUGUUUGUUCUACGUGAACCCAGAAAACAAACUGAUGCCAAUAGCGAUACAGCUGCAUCAACAACCAUCUGAGGAGAACCCCAUCUUUCUGCCCAGUGACACGGAGACGGACUGGCUGCUCGCCAAGAUGUUUAUUAAAAAUGCAGAUUCCAUGGAUCAUCAAGCAGUCCAUCACCUCAUGAACACUCACUUCCUGACAGAAGUCUAUACUGUCGCCACUCUCCGCUGCUUUCCUGUGAUUCAUCCCAUCUACAAGCUGCUCUUUCCACACUUCCGGUAUACUCUCCAUGUCAACACUAACGGCCGUGACUCUCUUUUCGCACCUGAGGGAGCUUUGAGUAUAACUUCUCUUGGAUUCAACGGGAUGAUGGAGCUCAUGAGAAGGUCUCACUCUGAAGUGACUUACAGCUCCCUCUGUCUGCCAGACAACAUUUCUGCACGAGGACUGGAGUCGAUCCCCAACUUCUACUACAGAGACGAUGGCCUGAAGCUGUGGAACAUUAUCAGCAGCUUUGUGGGGGCAAUAGUGGAGAACUAUUACCCCUCAGACAGUGAUGUCCAUGAAGACACUGAGCUGCAGGACUGGAUCAGUGAGAUUUUCACACAUGGCUUCUUAGGAAACAAAGCCUCAGGGUUCCCGGCAUCCUUUCAUACUGUCAAGGAGGUGACCAAGUUCAUCACCUUGGUGAUAUUCACAUCAACAGCUCAACAUGCUGCAGUCAAUAAUGGACAGUUUGACUAUUACUCCUGCCCGCCCAAUGUCUCAAUCCUGCUGCACAAACCUCCUCCAACCACUAAGGGGCAGUCAAGUGUGAAGACAAUCUUGGAGACCCUCCCAAAUGUUGGUGAGACAGUCAGUAUAAUAGCAAUCACCAGGCUGCUUUCAGAAAAGUACAAUGAUGUGGUUCCCUUUGGUACAUACCCUGAAGAGCGAUUCGACGAGCCUGCACCUAAGCAGAUGAUAAAGGAAUUUCAAGCAGAGUUGUCCUUCCUGACUGAAGAGAUUGCAGCAAGAAACUCACAACUUGAAAUACCAUACACAUAUCUGAACCCAAACCAGAUUGAGAACAGCAUAACUAUUUAAUUCCAAGAGCCAUAUCAUAGGCAACUGGAUGUGUCUCAUCCACAAGGUUUCUUCAGUUCUAACUGACUGGAGGGGAGUUGCAGGCUUUUAAACUCUGUGUGGGAGUGUCCUUACAGAAUCGUUAAGGACACGUGAGCUCUGAGGAGUUUCAGAGUCCUGAUGUGACCAUUUUAGAAAGUCUGAGAGAGCCGGUCUGCAUUUACAUAGCAUUAAUUCUGAUUUCGGUCACAUCAGUGCUCGAGCUCAGAACAUAGUCCCUUUGUAUGUUCUCUGCCUGCAAACUGCCUGUAUUCAACGACUUGUGAAUAAGACUCGACUAUCUUCUGGAAUCAUACUG